AUGUUACUGAGGCUUCCAUCGAUUCUUGGACUAAGUAAACGUGUUACGCUUGGCUUUCCACUCUCAAAUCGAUACUGCAGCACUGUUAGCGCUUCCGUGGAUGCUAACACACCUCAAUACGACGUGGUCGUAGUCGGUGGUGGCCAUGCCGGCACGGAAGCAUGUGAGGCUGCGGCUCGCAUGGGUGCUCGUACGCUGUUGAUCACCCACAAGAAGUCUACCAUCGGGGAGAUGUCCUGCAAUCCGUCGUUCGGAGGCAUUGGAAAAGGGCAUCUAAUGCGGGAGGUGGACGCACUGGAUGGAGUUUGUGCGCGGAGUUGCGAUAACAGUGGUGUUCAGUACAAGGUGCUGAAUAAGCGGAGAGGGCCUGCGGUGUGGGGACCUAGGGCGCAGAUUGAUAGGAAGUUGUACAAAGCGGAGGUUCAGAGGGAGCUGGAUGGAACGGCGAAUCUGGAAAUUGUGGAAGCUUCCGUUGAGGAUAUCGUUCUGGAGAGGGAGGAGGGUAAAUUGAAUAAUAGGAUAAAGGGGAUUAGCUUGAAGGAUGGGAGAGUUGUGUGGACGAAGUCGCUAGUGAUCACGACGGGUACGUUCUUAAGGGGACAGAUCAACAUAGGGUUGAAGACGAUGCCAGCUGGAAGGAUCGGAGAUGAGCCUGCUAUUGGGUUGGCGAAGAGCCUUGAGGAUUUGGGCUUUCGGAUGUCCAGAUUGAAGACAGGGACCCCUCCACGGAUCAAGGCUUCGUCGAUUAACUUUGAUAUCUUGGAGCGUCAUCCAGGUGACAACCCUCCGGUACCGUUUUCUUUCAUGAACGAUCGCGUGUGGUUGAACAACGAGGAUCAGCUGGAUUGUUUCCUCACUCACACGAGUCAGGAUGUAAACGAUAUUGUCAAGCGGAACUUGCACUGCAAUCGUCAUGUAACGGAAGAGCUGACCGGACCUAGGUAUUGUCCUUCAAUCGAAUCUAAGGUUCUUCGAUUCGGCGGCAAGACCCAUCAGAUAUGGUUGGAACCGGAAGGAUUCGACAGUGAGUUGAUCUACCCGAAUGGCCUGUCGUGUACGCUUCCAGAAGAUGAGCAAGUCAAGCUAGUUCGAUGCUUGCGCGGUUUGGACAAAGCUGAACUGGCUAGACCGGGGUACGGCGUAGAGUACGACUUCGUCGAUCCCAGGGAACUGUAUCCCACGUUGGAGACUAAGCGUGUGGAAGGGUUAUUCUUCGCAGGGCAGAUCAAUGGCACAACAGGAUAUGAGGAAGCAGGAGCACAGGGAAUUCUAGCCGGAGCUAAUGCAGCUGCGAAAAUUUUGAAGCGCAAUCCAUUGACGAUCAGUCGAACGGAGGGAUAUCUUGGAGUGCUGGUUGAUGACUUGACGACCUUGGGUACGAACGAGCCUUACCGGAUGUUCACCAGUAGAGCUGAAUUCAGGCUGAGCUUGAGGCCAGAUAAUGCCGAUUUACGGUUGACGGAGAAGGGUUACCGGAUGGGAUUGGUGUCGGAGGCGCGGUACCGGAGGAUGGUCUCGAUCAGGGAGAAGCUCAAAAUGGGAAUUGAGCUGUUGAGCGACAUCAAAAAAGGCAGCAACACUUGGAAGGAGCAGCUUGGGCUUCCUCUGGGCAAGGCGAGCAUACAAAAGAGUGCUUUUGAAAUGUUGGCUAUCACUGUGGAGGAUAUUACGACUGAGAAUUUGUGUGACUUGGCUCCAGGAGUGCUAGGGUGGAUUAAGGAAGAUCGGGUUUUGUGUGAAAGACUAAAGAUUGAGGCUUUGUACAGUUUGUCGAUCCAGGAACAGGCAAAAGAAGUCGAAGAAGUCCAAAGACAUGAACAACUUCAGAUCCCUAGAUCAAUUGACUAUCUUUCGAGAACUCUCAAUCUUUCGUACGAGGAACAAGAAAAGCUUGUACAUAUACAACCACAUACUAUUGCUGCCGCCAGCCGCAUCCAAGGUAUCACCCCUUCAACCAUUGUCCGGUUGGUGAGAUACGUCAAACAACAAGAAAUGGCAGCCUCUGCCUAACUCUCAUCUGAUUGAUCCAAUCGCAAAAGAAACUACGCUUAACCACAAUGUUAAACCCAUAGAAAAGUACAUUUUAUUCGAAAAAGCUCGUACAUAAAUAUAAUUAGUUAGUUAUUUAAUAUAAAUAAAUAGUCGUUUAUAUACACACUUCACACAUUCAACUAAAAUCUAAACAAAUUGAAAAAACGCGUCGUUUGGUCAACAAAAAUACAGUAACCUACUUCCUUAGACUGUAAUAAAGAGCGAUAACAAAUGGGA